GGCGGGGCCGAGCCUCGCGGAGCGGGAGCCGGGGCCACAGCUGGGAGUCGCGGCCCCACACCGGGCCCGGGAGGAGUCGGGGCGCCGGCGGCUGGCGGUUGUGAAAUGUGCUCUCAAGAGGCUUUCCAGGCACAGAGGAGCCAGCUGGUGGGGCUGCUGGUUUCGGGGUCCCUGGAGGGCUUCGAGAGCAUCCUGGACUUGCUGCUGUCAUGGGAAGUUCUCUCCUGGGAGGACUAUGAGGGCCUCCGCCUCGUGGGCCAGCCUCUGUCCCACUUGGCCAGGCGCCUCCUGGACACUGUCUGGAAUAAAGGCACUUGGGGCUGUCAGAAGCUCAUCGCAGCUGUCCAGGAGGCCCAGGACAGCAGCCAGUGCCCUGAGCUGCAUGGCUGCUGGGACCCCCACUCACUCCACCCAGCCCAGGACCUGCAGAGUCACCGGCCAGCCAUCGUCAGGAGACUGUACAGCCACGUGGAGGGCGUGCUGGACCUGGCGCUGGAGCAGGGCUUCAUCAGCCAGUACGAAUGUGAUGAAAUCAGGCUGCCCAUCUUCACGUCAUCCCAGAGGGCAAGAAGGCUGCUCGAUCUUGCCACAGUGAAGGCAAAUGGGCUGGCUGCCUUCCUUCUGCAACAUGUUCAGAAGUUGCCGGUCUCACUGUCCCUGCCCUUUGAAGCUGCCGCGUGUAAGAAGUACAUGUCCAAGCUGCGGACCAUAGUAGCUGCACAGUCUCGCUUCCUCAGCACCUAUGAUGGAGCAGAGAACCUCUGCCUGGAGGACAUAUACACAGAGAACACCCUGGAGGUCCGGACCGAGGUGGGCAUGGCUGGACCCCUGCACAAGAGCCCCGCCGCCCUGGGCCUGGAGGAGCUCUUCAGCCCCAACGGCCACCUUAAUGAAGAUGCGGACACCGUGCUCGUGGUGGGCGAGGCAGGCAGUGGCAAGAGCACACUCCUACAGCAGGUGCACUUGCUGUGGGCCACGGGGCAGGACUUUCAGGAAUUUCUCUUUGUCUUCCCAUUCAGCUGCCGGCAGCUGCAGUGUGUGGCCAGACCGCUGUCUGUAAUGACGCUGCUCUUUGAACAUUGCUGCUGGCCCGAUGUUGGCCAACAGGAUGUCUUCCAGUUCCUCCUGGACCACCCUGACCGCAUCCUCUUGACCUUUGACGGCUUUGAUGAGUUCAAGUUCAAGUUCACGGACCAUGAGCGUCACUGCUCUCCAACUGACCCCACGUCUGUCCAGACUCUGCUCUUCAACCUUCUGCAAGGCAACCUCCUAAAGAACGCCCGCAAGGUGCUGACCAGCCGUCCGGAUGCGGUGUCAGCGUUCCUUAGGAAGUAUGUCCGCACUGAGUUCAACCUCAAGGGCUUCUCAGAGGAGGGCAUCGAGCUGUACCUGAGGAAGUGCCAUCGUGAGCCUGGGGUGGCAGAUCGCCUCAUCCACCUGCUCCAAACAACUUCAGCCCUGCAUGGUUUGUGUCACCUUCCUGUCUUCUCGUGGAUGGUGUCUAAAUGCCACCAGGAACUGUUGCUGCAGGACGGGGGGUCCCCAAAGACCACCACGGAUAUGUACCUGCUGAUCUUGCAGCAUUUCCUGCGGCAUGCCUCCCUCCCAGACUCAGCCUCCCAGGGCCUGGGGCCCAGCCUCCUUCAAGGAAGGCUCCCCACCCUCCUGCGCCUCGGCCAACUGGCUCUCUGGGGCCUGGGCAUGUGCUGCUACGUGUUCUCAGCCCAGCAGCUCCAGGCAGCGCAGGUUGACCCUGAUGACAUUUCUCUGGGCUUCCUGGUGCAAGCCCAAGGCGUCGUGCCGGGAAGCACAGCGCCCCUCGAAUUCCUGCACAUUACUUUCCAGUGCUUUCUUGCUGCCUUCUACUUGGUACUCAGCACUGAUGUGCCAACAGCCUCCCUCAGAUACCUCUUCAACUGUCGCAGGCCUGGCAGCUCGCCGCUGUCCAGGCUGCUGCCCAGGCUGUGCGUCCAGGGCUCGGAGCACAAGGAAAGCACCGUGGCGGCUUUGCUACAGAAGACUGAGCCGCACAACCUUCAGAUCACAGCAGCCUUCCUGGCUGGCCUGUUGUCCCGGGAGCACCGGGACCUGCUGGCUGCGUGCCAGGCAUCUGAGAGGAGCUUGCUCCGGCGCCGGGCCUGUGCCCGCUGGUGUCUGGCCCGCAGCCUCCACAAGCACUUCCGGUCCAUCCCACCAGCCGUGCCGGGGGAGGCCAAGAGCAUGCACGCCAUGCCCGGGUUCCUCUGGCUCAUCCGGAGCCUGUACGAGAUGCAGGAGGAACGGCUGGCCCAGGAGGCUGUGCGCGGGCUGAAUGUUGAGCACCUCAAGCUGACGUUUUGUGGCGUGGGCCCUGCUGAGUGUGCCGCCCUGGCCUUCGUGCUGCGCCACCUCCGGCGGCCUGUGGCCCUGCAGCUGGACCACAACUCCGUGGGUGACAUUGGUGUGGAGCAGCUGCUGCCUUGCCUCGGGGCUUGCAAGGCCCUCUAUCUGCGAGAUAACAAUAUCUCAGACCGAGGCAUUUGCAAGCUCAUCGAACAUGCUCUUCACUGUGAACAACUGCAGAAGUUGGCUCUGUUCAACAACAAGCUGACCGAUGGCUGUGCCCACUCCGUGGCCCAGCUCCUUGCGUGCAAGCAGAACUUCUUGGCAUUGAGGCUGGGGAAUAACCACAUCACCGCUGAAGGAGCCCAGGUGCUGGCCGAGGGGCUCCGAGACAACAGCUCCUUGCAGUUCCUGGGGUUCUGGGGCAACAAAGUGGGUGACAAGGGGGCCCAGGCCCUGGCAGAAGCCUUGAGUGACCAUCAAAGCUUGAAAUGGCUCAGCCUGGUGGGGAACAACAUUGGCAGUGUGGGUGCCCAGGCCUUAGCAUCGAUGCUGGAGAAGAACGUGGCACUAGAAGAACUCUGCCUGGAAGAGAACCAUCUCCAGGAUGCAGGUGUGUGUUCUCUCGCAGAAGGACUAAAGAGGAAUUCAAGUUUGAAAGUCUUGAAGCUGUCCAACAAUUGCAUCACCUUUGUGGGGGCAGAAGCCCUCCUGCAGGCCCUGGCAAGCAAUGACACCAUCCUGGAAGUCUGGCUCCGCGGGAACCCUUUCUCUCCAGAGGAAAUGGAGGCGCUCAGCCACAGGGACAGCAGACUCUUGCUGUGACGUCUGUGCGUUUGGCCCCCAGGAGCUGCGUCCCGUCUGGCAGUGGCCCAUUCCGACUGAGCUCUGUCCUGCCCAGAAGGACAGAGCUUCCUCUGUCCUUCCUCUGGAAGAGCCGGGAGCCCAGGAGUCUUCCCCAACAGGCUUCUCCCAGGCCUAGUGUUGCCUUCGAGUGCCUCCCAAGAUUCAGCCGAUGGGCAUACAAGAGGCACUGCAGGGUUCUGAUGUGGGUCAGUGGGACGUGAGCAUUAGCACAGACCCCUGCCCAUUCCUCUCAGGAAGCGGGAAGAGUAUUCAAGAAGCAACUUCCUGCCACGUCUCAACUCUUGGACGUCCGCCUAGCCAUUGUCACCUCUGGUCCUGCCACUCAGCCUGGACUGCUGCACGUGAUGAAAUCGAGAAGAUUCCUGUCCUCGGCUGUGAUAUAUCACGGAUGGCACCCCCACCCUAGACCCAGCGUCCAAGGCGGGAGGGGCUACAACUGCCCCCGCUGUCUUUUCUGGUGCUGUUGGAAGGGGACCCAUGACCGCCAUUUGUUCCUCAAGACAUUCUGGAUUUGCACAAAAGAUACAAGCACACUCCAGCUGAGAUCACAGGGGGACUUUCCUUUCCAGUGGAAUCAAUUGCUCCUCAGUGUGGCCUUGAGAAACAGCUCCUCAUCCAAAUGCACCUUUUGAAAAUUAACCUGGGCCAGCAUCACAGAGCGCGCCAGGCUUCUGGUUGGUGUUUGUGUCCUGAAUGUUGAUGACAGGCUUCCCAGAAUGCUUUGGGACACUCAGUUAUGGAGUGAAGGUUUACAGGGCAAAAUCGGGCCCCUCCUUGUAAGCAGACGUCUCUGGGUCUUUCAAUAGGAUGCCUAUGAAACCUUCGUGAACCAUCAGGUCCUGUGUCAAAGAUGAUGACGUGUGAAAACUGUUUAAUAUUUAUAAACCACCUUGUAUUCUCUCAAGUUUAUACUUUUAUAGAAAACAUGACCAUGAACUUUGUGCUAUAAAUAAUCACAGAAAACAA